AAUAAUAAAAUUGAUGAUCGAAAAGAAAUGUGGGAUACAGAGGAGUGAAGGGACGGAGGUACGAGAGAUCCCGAAAAGGUCUUCAAUAUGGAAGAAAAGAAGCAAUCUCAUCUUUAUAUAGCUACAAAAUUAGACCCCCGAGAUGAUCUCGAAGAGAGAAUGGAACGUGGCCAUGAUGUUAUAUCCAAGGCAACAGCAGGACUUUCUCCUAAGGAGACCCAUGAUGCUCUUACAGCGAUGGUUAGCAAAGGAAGCCAACAACAUGAAGAAGUGACUUUAGGUCUUAUGUACACAAUUUUUACUCAAACAUCAGCUGCUCAGAAAGUUUACAGAGAUUUACAGUUGGUCACGAGAGAUGGCAUGGGUAUCGUGUGGAGAAUACUGAAUCAAAUUAUUAUUGAGAGAUACACAAAGUUGCUUGAAAAUGUCAGAACACAGGUUGUGUGGUUAGCUCGUGAGCUUGUUAAAGGUUCUGUGGUGAAUGCAGAUCAAGUGAUUUCAUCAUUAAUCAAGCAAAUAGCAGGGGGAGAUGUAUCACCAAAGAACAUGUGGCUAGCUGAGUCCAUGCUGGAUAUUUUUACUGAAAAUAGGUCAUGGCUUGACAAACAUCCCACCCUGCUGGCCAUGGUACUUUACACAUACCUAAGAAUAAUUGAAGACCAUAGCAGUACAUCAUGGACACAUCUCAGAGAUCGGGAAGUAGAGUUCUGUGUACAGCUUAUUCGGACAAAGUUCACUGAAUGUUGUAGAAUAGGAAGAGAUCUGAUCAGAUUGCUUCAGAAUGUUGCAAGGAUACCAGAGUUUGAUAGACUAUGGAAAGACAUGCUGAACAGACCGCAGACACUCAAUGCGCAGUUCACAGGCAUCAUGCAACUUCUGAACCAGAGGACUCCAAACAAAUUUCUUGCCUGUAGACUUACACCUGACAUGGAAAAGAAAAUCUUAUUUCUGACAUCAAAGGUUCGGUUUGGAAAUCAAAAGAGAUACCAAGAUUGGUUCCAAAGACAGUACCUGCAGACGCCAGAGAGCCAGUCACUGCGGAUUGAUCUGAUCCGUUAUAUCUGCUGCUGUAUUCAUCCAUCCAAUGAGGUGCUCUGUUCUGAUGUCAUACAGAGAUGGGCUGUGAUUGGCUGGCUUCUUACCACAUGCACUUCUAAUAUUGCUGCAUCUUGUGUCAAACUAGCUCUCUUCUACGACUGGUUGUUCUUCAGUUCUAGUAGAGGAAACAUUAUGGACAUAGAGCCUGCAAUACUGGUGAUGCACCAUUCAUUGCGCACACAUCCUGCUAUUAGCGUUACAUUACUCGAUUUCCUCUGCAGAAUAAUUCCAAACUUCUACCCUGCUUAUGAGAGCCAAGUGAAGCAAGGAGUCAUGGGGUCAUUGAGAUUCAUCCUGGAGAAAAGAGUUUUACAGUCACUUUCACCAUUAUUUGACAGCAUCAGAACGGACAAAGAGAUGAGGGCGAUGAUCAGGGAAACAUUUGCAGAAUUUUGUGUAGCAGAUGCCAAGCCACCUGACAGUCCAAUCUCAGAGAGUCCUGUGGAACCAGCAUUACCAGUAACAACUAAUAACAAUUCUGGUAGUCACUUUGAUCAUAGCCAUAGAAGACAUAGUAGUGAAGACGCAGCAUUUAGUGAUGAAGAGAGUGAGGAUGAUAAAGGUGGGCGGAUAAACCCUCUUGAUGUGUUGUUCAGACCAAUCAAGCAAGAAGAAGAGGUUAAUUUUGACCACCUUCUAGAAGAGAUGGAAGGAGAGAUCAAGGAAAUGGCUUCAUUACUUCAUGAGCAAAGAGAUGAAGAUAUGGAAUUGCAGUGUGAGACAAUGCAAGAACUGUGCACCUCAUUACUGAAAAUGGAUGACUUUGAUAGUGAUGCAGCAACCCCUUUAGCCCUAUUUCUGUGUAGUCUCUAUGACCAGCAGUUUACAGGGGACAUCUUACCACCAGAACUUAAUGAAGAAACAAUGGAUGAUGCUCUAGGAAAACCACUGUUUGUGAUGUUUAGGAAUCUUAGUCAAGAUACAGAGGACAACAGCUGCCCUCUUCAACUCCUCAUCUUAUUCUGUAUCAUGUAUGAAAAACAACCCAAGCUAGGCUACCUCCUUCUCUUCUUCUUACAUGCAAGUAGUAAAGAUGGUGACAGCAAACUGCAUGUGUAUGAAGAGGUUUGUAAAAACACAGGCUCAGGGGAUCUCUCAGCUUGCCUUGUCAAAGACUUUCAGGAAUGUCAAGACAAUGAUGUUAAUCUUCUCUGCUACCUAGUACCUCCAGUAUACACCCAGUUUGCAAAUACGUCGAUGGGAUGUUUAGAACUCCUUCACAUCGUUGUAUCCUGCAUAGAUUCUGCACAGUUACAAGGCCUUAUUUGUGAUGUGAUGCAAGGUAGUCUGGUAAUAUUCAACAAAGAUAAAGUAGCAUCAUUUCUAGAAGAUACGUUAGAUUGGGAGACAUUUGAGCAGUUUUGUGUAUGGCAGUUAUUACUUGCUCACGAUGAUAUUGAAGUGAAACACCUGGUGUCACUCAUACCCAAACUCAAGUACAAAGAACACCCAGAGGCAUUAGCAAAUGUGCUGUUGAUGCUGAAGCUGGAAAAUGCGACCCAAGAGUUCUUGAAACCCCUGUUGAGUAGGAAGGUUGACCACAGCGAUAGAUUGACGACAUCCAUCUUGAGUCAUUGGGCUUCGCAGGAUGAACCACACCUAGCAGAUGUCUUCAAGUCAAUCAUGACCAGAGCAGCGAAUGCGGCUAAGAGGAUACGACAGAAACAAUCAGCCAAGCAGACCUACCCUACACCACUCCAGAUCUUAGGACACCUAGAUGGACUGAGGCAUACAUCAGCUAUCAGACAGACACUGUUUUUCAGCCAAGAGCCAUUAUUACAAGGUCUGCAACAGUUCCAAAACGUAUGCACAGAGAACCAAAAAACAAAGUAUAGUGAUCUAUUUGCCCUAGUAGAUGAUUUUGAGGAUGCUUCGAGGACAACCAGGAGUCGGCUAGCCAGGCGGUCACCUGGUAACACAAGCCCUAGGGCUAGGAAGAGCCAACCUGUCAAUGAUGAAACAUCAUCUUCAUCAGAGGACGAGGAGGUGAAAUUCAAGUCAAAACCUGCCAAAAAGAGGAAAAAAACAAUGGCGGCGAAUUCUGAUAGUGACUGAUUAUGCUGCUUAGAAAUAUUCAGACAUUCCAACAAGGAUGAAUAACAUUCAUAAUGAGCACUGAGUCUAGGAACACAGAGAAUAACUCCCGACUCCUUUGUUCUGUUUUUAAUACAAACUCAUCGUGGAACAUAUCUUUGUUUGUGUGUGUGCGUGUUUGUCUUCGCAAGAUGUUCCCUUCCGAGCUGAGGUGCUAUGCAUUUGUCAGCUUACCUGCUGAUCAUUGCUUCAUCUCCCGCCUAUUCUUCUACCAUUGACAGGGAUACACUCAAGCUACCAUUUUAUAUUCAACGACCUGCUUGAUUUCGGUGAAAUACCCCAUAUCUUCAUCUAUCCGUUAAAAUGUGAAUUGCUUGCUCUACUUGAAGAAACCCUAUAUUUGUGAUGCUACUGUUACUGUGUGAUCCGGACACACAAUGCGAGAAUAGGAAAUCAGCUGAUGUUGGUUGUCAGAUAUGGACUUAUGUGAAGAUGAUGCACAUGACAGGAGUCAAGAGAAGGAUGCAAGCUACAUCAAGAGAAACCUGUUAAUAAUGUUUAUGUGACGGCAUGAAUAGGAACAUUUGCACUUCAGGAUAACUAUCAGGAUUUUCCUCAAAGGAUCUUAUAACCCUUCACACACUACGUGAUCCAAUACGACUUUUUGAUAAAUUGUGAUUUCCAAGAAAUUUGUAAAUUCCGCGAGGAAUUUUUUUUGGAGUUCGGCAUAAUGCUUUUAAUACCAAACUCAGAAUUAUGCUUUGCUGCAAGCCCUGUAGCCGGAGAAAAACCCAAAUCAGCUUCAUUUCGCAACCAGUGAUGAUGUCAUUACAAUUUGGAAUUAAAUUUGCUUUUAUCCUUACAGGGAGUCUCAAAUAAGACUGAAAUUUCAAUUUCAGAAUUCAUCAGCUAUUGGAAAUUUGAUUGUUAAGAUUUGUAGGUUGGAAUAUUCAUAUCACUUGCUAUUACAAUUUCUUUGAAAAUCAAGUCACAAUAGUUCUUGUAGUGUGGCUUUCAACAUAUCAAGAGUGAAGAAUCAACCACCCUUGCUUUCACUCUGUUUUCUGAUUUAUUGUGAUUUAAAUUGUAAAAUUUCAUGCUUACCCAGAUUUGUUCUUAUUGUCAAUAAUUGGAUUUUAAUGAUUAUGUAAAAUCCUUAAAUUUAGUCAGCAAUAAAAAAUAUUAAGAUAGUGAAUUAUCUUGCAAGCUUCCAAUCCAUAAGGUACAUUCUCAGAUUACAAGGGUACUUCAAUAAUUAUGAAAUAAAAUUCAGUUCUUUGUACUAAAAGAAAUUAACUUGAUAUAACUACAUAUCAUGGUUUGGAAUUCGGUGUACUUUCAGUCUUGGGUCUAUUUUGUUUCUUCAUUGGAAUCAGGUUAACACUUUCAGGUUACAUUUUUAAAAUUCAUACUAAAAUAUUGUCAUUCAACGUAGUGUUAGGAACACAUUAGUGCAUGUGUGGUAAUUGUAUAAUUCUGUCUAUAUAUAGCUAAAAUAAAAAUAAAUGAUUGGAACAGAGCAGUGGUUGGUUUAAAGAUUUGAUGUUGGUAUUAAAGAAGAAGAGGAAUGGAAGAAUCAGAAUUGGAGGGACACACAGUAUUGAAGAAAGGUAACUGUAAUUGGUGAUUGAGCAAUCUCAGCAGUGGUACUUUAAUGACAAUUAAUCAUCAGACAGAUAUAUGCUCAGGGAAGGAAAAAUCUUAGAAGGUUAGAGAGAUGAAUGUCUUGAUAAGUGAAAUAAGAUGACAAGGUGUGGAAAGUGGUAUACUCAAGAAAGUUGCUGGUAUAUCAAAAUACGUGAGAGAUCAGAGGUAGUCCGUUGCCAUGAAACCUGUGGAUAAGUCUAUACAUUAACUGGAUUGGCACGAACCUGCUGGUUGUUACCUGGUUACUGUAACACUUAUCUGACCAGUAAGUAUAUUUGGAAGCAGCAUGUUUUCUCUGCAGUCUUAACUGCGGAUCUAACAAUAAUGCACUACAUUUAAGAUAUGUGUUCUCCUGGAGAUUGAAAAGCAUUCAUAGAUAAUCGUUCUCAUUGCAAGUUUGAAGGGAAUUUGAGAACAAUGGUUCAUAGAAAUAUAAAUUCUACUUUGUAGAAUUCAAGAAAAUUCACAAUACACAUCGAAUAAACUUUCUGAUAAACCCUAUUCAGGGAUGUGUAUUGCAUUGAAUACACACGCAAAGAUAAUUCAUUAAGCUGAUAUAAAGAUUGUAAAUUUUUUCAGUAGAGACAUGGAGUAAGAAGUAAAUAGCAUUUAAGUGUAUCAGUUAUAUUUUAUAUUGUCUACAAGAUGCAUAGAAAACAUCCUAUCUAAUAGACAUUUGAUAUUGCUCUUACUUUCAGUUAUAAAGUGCUGCACACACGCUACUCCAUGUUUUGGCCACUAAAACACUAAUUCAACACCUCAGAAUUAUGAGCUUGCAAUCCAAUCCAUUGUCCACUUUGCAAAGUAGACAGGAUUUAAUGGCUUUCUUAAACUGGUCAACAGAGGAGGCCGUCAUGACUUCAGCAAGUAGAUGAUUCCAUGGUUUUGCAGCUUCCACAAUCAUGAACCGAUAUUAAAUCAUAUUUGAUAAAUGAAAGUUUUGCUUGAUUUUAAAAGCUUUUUUGAAAUUCCAUAGAAUAUGUUUAUCCGACCCUUCAUUGACUUGAUCUUCCUGAAACGAUUUGACUCUGCUUUGCACUUCAUAUGAAAAGAUAUUAUUCUUUCAAAUUAUCCUGGUUUUAGUGCUCAAUAAAUGAACUGAAAUGGAAAAAAUAGGGGUCGGAUGUACAAAAGUAAGAUUAUUUCAUUGACUUGCCUUUAUUCUAAAAUUGCAUUAAAACUGUUUCCUUGCUCACCAGUCUGUAAGCUCCCCUUAUCUUGUGUGAGUUAAAUCACUUUAAAGCAUUGCAUACAGUCUGUCUGUUAUGAAAAUAUUUUGACUCACAUUUACUUGUGAAUAAUUUUAUUCAACAAUUAAGAAGGUAUCAAUUAUCAAUAUUGGAGAAAAACAUCAAGCUUUUGACCUUGUACUUUGGAGAUGUUUUUUUUCUUCAAUAUUUUGUCUUGAUGAAAUAAAAAAAAUGAUUCAAAUCUGUUUAAGACAGAACAGUGUUGUCAUGGAAUUAUCAUGAAAAUGUAGUGUACCUGGAGCUCAGCUGAAUCUUGCUAUUUAAAUCAAAGACAAAUCUUUUGUGAUUAUGAAAGAAAUUCUCUUUUUUAGAGUUUUAUAUGUACCAGAAAAAAAAAAUGUGUCUUUUGGAUCCAGACCUCUAUUGGAUGAGAUUUGUAUCAUAAAUCUGGUGAAUCUUGUUUAUUUUUAAUGAGUUUUCCACAUCUUGUUUCAAAGUGAUGUUCUUUGUAUAAAUCCUGAAGUGCACAUACUAAUUGUACAUGUAUAUUGGCCUGAUACUGAAAUAGAACAGGCAUUUUUCUACAUAAAAGUUGAAGAAAAGAAGAAAUA